UGCAGCACAAACCACACAUUUUUGUAGUAUAGAAAGUGUUGUUGGUGCGACUUGGCCGCUGUUAGUACCAGUUAUCAAGGAUAAGGCAACAUGAGAGUAUUUCUGCUGGUUACUCUUUCCGUCCUCUCGACAGUCAACGCUGGAGUCCUGCUCCAAGAUGCCCCCAGCUGCCCGGAGCAACACGGAGUCCAAGCGUACGCCCACCCCGAGUCCUGCAACCUGUUCUUCUUGUGUACCAAUGGUACUCUCACGGUGGAACAGUGCGAAAAUGGCCUACUCUUCGACGGGAAAGGAGCUGCGCACCACCACUGCAACUACCACUGGGCCGUGGACUGCGGAAAUCGCAAAGCUGACCUGACCCCGAUCAGUAGCCCUGGUUGCGAGUACCAAUUCGGAAUAUACCCGGAGAGUGAGGCUUGCAGUACCAACUACAUCAAGUGUGCCCACGGAGAACCUUUGCCCCAGCAAUGCGAGCCUGGAUUGGUCUACGACGACCGUAUCCACGGGUGCAACUGGCCAGAUCUCCUUCUGGAGGUGUGCAAUCCGGAAGCUGUGGUGGGUUUCAAGUGUCCCACCAAGGUCCCGUCUAAUACCCCCGCCGCCAAGUUCUGGCCCUACCCCAGGUUCGCCGUCCCCGGAGACUGCAGCCGCCUCAUCACGUGUGUCAACGGAUUCCCGCGUCUGAUUUCCUGCGGUGACGGAAAAGCCUUCGACCAGAACUCUCUCACCUGUGAAGAACCAGAACUGGUUCCACACUGUGCCAACCACCUUAGAAAAUAAGUUUCAACAAUAAAAAAAAAUUUUAUUUGUCUUUUUCAUCCUCUUGUUUCGGAAUUUAAUUUACUCUGUUGGUUCUUGAUGUUUGUACAUAUGGUUUUAAUAAAUUAAAACUGGAAUUUUUA